GGCCCCGGCCUGUCCUUCACCCCUGCCCCCAACACCCUCAACGUCUUCCCCUCCGGCUCCCACCCCGGGCCCUAACGCCAGGAAACCCAAGAGGAAAUGACUGAGCCGGUCUGGGUCCCCGCCCGCCCGCGCUCCCCUGGCCACACCCUCCGCCUGGAGUCAGCCACUGUCGCUGCCCUCUCCCCACGCGGCCGCCGGUUCGGGACCCCGAGCUCUGACAUGACGCCCUCUGGUCGCCUGUAUCUCCUCACCAUCCUUGGCCUGAUUCUUCCCACCAGAGGACAGACAUUGGAGGGGACCCCGCCCAUUUCUCCAGCAGACUCAACUACUGUGGCCAUUUCUGGCCUGACACCAGCCCCAGAUGCAUCCUAUCCAGAGCUUCAGGCCACCCCUGAGCCCCAAGCAGGGCCUGCUGAUGAAACAACACUAAAGUCAAUUGAGGCCCAGACCCAGAACCAGCAAACGACGGAAGUGGAUGGACCUCUAAUGACAGAUCCAAGGACGCACAAGAGCACCAAGGAAGCCACAACGAUGGUCCUCAAGAGAAUGUCCUCCGGCGCAGACCCUCAGACCUUCAAGCCACCUGGUCCAGAUGAGGACAACCCCUUCUUCUAUGAUGAAAACACUCUCCGGAGACGGGGGCUAUUGGUGGCAGCUGUGCUGUUCAUCACAGGCAUUGUCAUCCUCACCAGUGGCAAGUGUAGGCAGUUGUCCCAGUUAUGCCGGAAUUAGUGCAGGUGAGUCGGUCAGAAGUAGGGGCCGGCACCCCGAGACUGAGCCCCUCACAAGCUCACCAUGCCCAGCUGCCUUCCUCCCCUCAAAGUGCCUCCAGAAUGGUCAGUAUAAGAAGCCCAGCCUGAGGGGAAGACGCAGAUGCGUGGAGCCAGAGCUGGGGCUGACAGCCAGAGUCCCCUGCCUUCCCCACCCUGGCUACCAGGAAGGCUGUUGGGCUCCCUGGGCACUGCCCCUCCAGUUAUCCGCGCUGUUCAGACCAAAAUAAAGCACAGUGGCCCUUA